AUGGCGCUUUACGUGCUUUCAAAUCGCAAUCGGCCACCAUUGUUGGAGGUGAAUUUGCUAUAAGUUUGAUGAAAUUUACAUUUUUUGUGAUCGUUUUCGGCGAAUAACUAAGUUUUCCUCUAUAACGCGUGAUAAACAGGAUCCUGUGAACAAUAUACCGACCUCUGUUCGACGAAAAAGUGUAUAUUUUUGAAAAAUAAAUGUGUUCAAAAUGUCACGCGAAGUGAGCAUCAGAUUCGUGAACAGCAUAGCAUACUGGAAAUAAACUCUGUUUUCUUCAGAAUAAGUGACAGUGGACUGCUGAAGAUUGUCGUUCCAAGUUGUGAAAACUUGUGGUAUGCGGUGGAUAGUUAAUUUUUCGGAGUGCGCUCAUGAAAAGGUUUCAGAAGUAUCUGUACACGUCGUAAGGCAGCGCAGUUACGCGGGCGAAGCUUAGAACUCGCCGGUAUCAUUAUGGUGGACUGAGGGCAGGUCUACGGUCGCUGUAGCGUGCUCGGUGUGCUAGUGCAGGACGCACGCCAUGUCCGGAGGCUCGCAGCACAACCCCAACGGGCGGCAGGCGCCGCUCGGCGCGGGAUGGAGCCCCCUGCAGUUACAGGUGGCGAACUUCCUGGCGCGCGCGCCGCAAGCGCACAUGGCGGCGGAGCGCGGCGUCACGUGGCACACGCCCACCCCCCCGCCGCACCUCUACCACGUGCCGGCACCCUCACCCCCCGACCCCUUACAGGGUCUGUUGCAAUUGCAGGCGAUGAAGGGAGGCGGCAACUCCGUGUUUCGACACACCGCCACGCCGCCGGAGUUGUACAGACACACGCCCACCCCGCCUGAUAAACAUUUACUGAGGCACACUCCUUCUCCAGGCGAUGUGAAGCCAGCGAGCGCGGCUAUUCCCCCCGCCGAGUUGUACCCACAUUUGGGACCAGGCAGAGACAAGCUAGUGCGUCCCGAGGAGUUACUAGCGUACGCGCGCGGCGUGGACCUGUCGGUGGGCGCUCGCAGCGCCAACGGCGCCGCGGCCGCCGCGCCCGCCGCGCCUGCGCUGUCCGUCAGGGACGCGCCCACCAUCAACAGCCUCAUCGCGCGCGCGCAGCCCAGGCCGGGCCACGCGCGCGUGGACGCGUUGCUGGAGCGGCUGUCGUCGUCGCCGGCGUCGCCGCACUCCGUCAUCGUGCACCCCCGCGCCGCGCACACGCCCUCGCCGCCGCCGCACGACUCCAACGAGGACUCAGCGGACUCCUGCGGAGCGCCACCCGGCUCGAAACGUAAACGGAAACCGGAACGCACCAUCCGCGUCUCAGCCCCUCCACCGCCCAUUCCACCAGCUACAAGCAGCCCUGCCCCGGUGGAAAAUGGCGACACUGGCCAUGCAAACGGACCCGAGCACGAGGCUAGAGAGCCUCCCAGAGAGCCUAGGGAGGCUAGAGAGCCUAGGGAUACUGGAGAGCACAGGGAGCAAACAGAGCACAGGGAGCAAAGAGAGCCCCGGGAGAAUCAACCUCAACAGCCUCUACAGCCCUCCGAGGCGCGUGAACCGCAGGAGCCGCCGCCAGUGGCCACUGUGCGGCCGCCAUCCCCCAGCCCAGUCCCCACGGAGCCGCCAGCGCGAAGAAAAGCCCGCGCCAACUCCGCCGAGACCAUAGACGAUAUUGCCGCAAUGAUCGCUAGCGACCGGCCUGUAGAGCCCGAAAGCGAGAAGCCACCAGAACCUGACGCCCCUGUUACCAUCGACAAACUUAAGAGCGUCCUAGCCAGCACUGACGACGUCGAAAAGACUGACGACGUCAAAAAUUCCCCCCCGAAGACGGAGGAAAAUAAAGUCGAGACGAUAGCGGAAGCCGCCGCCGCCGCCGCCCCCAAAAGACGAAGCGCGCGGACCCCAAACUCCGAAUCUACCAACGUACCUGUCGAAUCUCCUUCCGAAGCGAAACCCGCGGAGCCCGAAGCGAGCGAAGCACGAAGCGCGGAACCAACCGCAGCCAGCUUCGUCGAAGUCGAGAACCAGCUGGAGAAAAUGUUCGCUGGUAUCGAAGAAGAAGCGCCUAAGGAAAGUAAAGAGGAUGAGACCCCUAAGCCUAAGAAGCGGAGAAAAUCUGCGCCUACUAAGGGUGAGGCUAAGGCUGGUAGACGGGCAGUGCGUGCGGCUACUAUUGACGGCAGAAGGAAGGGUGGGAAGAAGAAGAAUGCGGGGAAGGUGAAGAAGACUAAAGAAUCCGUGAAAGACGCGUAUGACUCCGGCAGCAACGCCAGCUCGAGCCGGUCGAGAGGGCCCUAUAUACAGAUCCGCGGGCCACGCGAUUCGCCAGUAUCAGUGUCGGUGAUAAACGCGUGGACGGGCGAGGAGGAGGGCGAGGCGGGGGGGCGCCGCAAGCCCGACGAGUUCCGCAACGGCAUGCGCGUGCGCGGCCUGCACGCCAGCACGCUGGGCCUGCGCUACGACGCCGUGACGCCCGACGCCACCUGGCUGUGCGCCUUCUGCAUGCGCGGCCCGCACGCCGACGGGCUCGGGGACCUGUUCGGCCCCUACACGCUCGAUAACGACUGCGAGGAGUACAGGGCCCUGGACGAGGCGACGCGCAAGCGGUACGACGCGAUGCCGUGCGCCGGCGAGGUGUGGUUCCACGCGGGCUGCGGCGUGUGGGCGCCGGGGCUGGUGGCGGCGGGCGCGCGGCUGUGGGGGCUGGCGGGCGCCGUGUGGGCGGCGCGCGGCCAGCGCUGCGCCGCGUGCGGGCGGCCCGGCGCCGCGCUGGCGUGCGGCGCGCGCGCCUGCCGCCUGCGCUGCCACGUGCCGUGCGCCGCGGCCGCCGCCUGGCGCCUGCACGACCACGACCUGCGCGCCGCCUGCCCGCGCCACGCCUAGCGCGCAAUCGACACCCCUCCUGGGAGGUGUUAACGUUCAUUUUUACGCUUGUGACAUUUUUGUAUUUCGCUUUUUAUCUGUACAUUUGAAAGUAAUAUACUCUAAGCCGGAAUCUCGUUUCCGAAGGGUGGACUCGGACGUUGUGGGAUGAACUCUCGCGUAGAUUCGCGCUGAGCCGUAGUGUGUAUGGUCGCCCGCCCCGGCGUCGAUGUUGGUGUUCCUGUCACUCGGCCGAUGCUCUUAUGAAGUGUACAUAGCAAUAAUACAGUACAAGAUGAAGAUUUAUUUUUGUAGUGCUGACGAUGUGCCUGCUUCUGUGUGGUGCCUGUUGGAUGUCGAAAGAUAAUAUAGAGUCGUAGAGGACGAUCGACUCCUCGUCCGGAGCGAUCUCACCCACCCCAUGUGCCACUGUAUACUCGGAGACGUUUAUAAUUUGUAGGAUACAUGAUUAAUAUAAUAUUGUGUAACAGUUUUACAAGCUCUAAUGUGUAAAACUUCGCCUCGACGUAAUAAGCGCCUUUUUGAAAUAUAAUGUAUUAUCGGCUCAAGAUUCAUCGGAUGAAUCCGUUGUGACUGACAGGAAUUACAACAACGCGCUCUUAUGAACGGUGGAGUCUAUUUGAGAGUACAUAUUUCGCCGUAGUUUUAACGGUUUACUAUAUUGGUAGUAUCGGGGUGUUCUGAUGCUGAAGAAGCCGACAAGACGCAGAACGCAAUUUGGCUAACAGCGUUACCGUGGCAACGGACCCUAUGAUUCCCUUCUGUUACGUCACUAGUUGUGUACUUAGAAGAGAACUGCUUAAAAAACAGAAUUUUAUUCCUUAAAUAUACCUCAAAGCGCAAACGGGCUUGUAUUUUAAAUAGUUCUCUUUUAUAACAAGAUGUGACUUUACCAUUUCUUAGCAUUCGCUAUAAUAUUUCGCUAUUUUAGAUGUUUUAAAAUGUAAUAUAGAGAAAUUGUAGAUAAACUCGAUUGUUUAAUGUUUAGCGCUAAUUUAUUCACAUCACAACAUCAGAAACAAAUGGGCGACAACAUAAUUAUAUAUGUACAGAAUAUUUUACAAUAUACAAUUAGUGAUUACAUGAAUAAUCUGAAUUUUAGAUAUUUUGUAAAUAUAGUGUUAAUGUAAAUAUCAGGUUAUGCAUCAGAACACCGAAUACAGAAUGUAUCAUAAUACAGACAGGCACAAGACAGUAUCGGAAUGAAUUCAGUAUUUUAUAGCAUUACAUACUGUUGGCUAUAAAUAGAGUUACAAUGUUUAUACAUAUGUGCAAGUUGGAGCGAGCAUUUGUCUCGUGAAACAUAGUUUUAAUGUGUAACAAUGACAAAACAUAAUUACAUACCUAGCUGUAUGUUCCCACUUUCGUAUGUUCCUUAGUGCGCAAAAACUUAGCAAGUAGUUGUCACAAUAUUUGUAUUUAAAGCCUAUACUUUCGUUUAGUCUACCAAUUAAUAAGCCAAUUUAGGUCAAAAAGAAAUAUGUUUCAAUUACAACUCAAAUGAUGUCAAAUUCUAGUAUUUGUAAAAAUUUUACCAAUAUUUUGAAACAUUGUAACUCAUUUUAGAAUGAAUGAAGUGAAUACAAGUGUGUAUGGAACAAUGCAGUGAUAUUAAAAAGUAAUAAUAACAAGGUUAAAUGGAUGUAAUAAAUAUUAUAAAUAUAAAUCAACUGUUUAGUUGCCAUUUUAGCGUCAAAACUAGUCUAAUGAAUAGUGUCUUGUGAUUUUAAAAAAAUAUUUAAAUUCGUUUUGGGGUCUAUUAAAAUUUACAAUUUUUGGUGCCCACUGGUAACUAGCAUUGCCAUUGGAAAUAUGUAUGAAAGUUUACAAUGUGUGAGAUACUUGUAUUAGACUUAAUUUUCUAUUAGGCAUUUACAUUAGGAAAAGGGGAUAAACAAAGACUUGUGUCAUUUGUGGUGAUUUCUUUUUCGUAAAUGCAAAAAAAUAUAUUUGUAUAUAAAUAUAAACUUUUUUUUGAGCUUACACGGAACGCCAAUAAAGAAAGGCGGGAAAUUGAACGUGAAAAUGGCGCGAAAUCUUUCUUUUUCACAAUGGCGGCGCUAGUGUCACUGGGAAACCUCGUAAAAUAUUAGCUUGGUAUAAUGUAUGUCGACCAUUGCAUUGUUAUUAUGAUAAAAAAGUGUACUAGUGAUGUAACGAAUAUUCGCAUUUUUUUGGACAUUCGCAUUCGCAAAAUUCGUGCGAAUAUAAAUAAAAAAAAAAUAUUCAAUUUUUCGGAAAUAAUUCCAGGUUUGAAUUGUUUUAAGGUAAAGAAACAGCACGCGUAUGUACUGGUUUUUUUUUGUUAGUGUCAGGAUAUUAGACACCAAUAGUGUAACACCAAGUUUGCAGCUACGAAAAACCUUUUCCAACGUGAUGCUUGGAAAAUCGUGGUAUUUUCGACGUAUUUCAGGUCUUGUCACAAUAUUUUUCACUGCAUUUUAUUAUAAUUGAAGUGACAGAUAUUCACAUUCGCGAAUGUUGAAAAAUGGACAUUCGUUACAUUCCUAUAGUGUAUACUAUCGAGUGUAGAUCUAUACUUAAAGUUAUUUAUACCGUCGACUAUACGCUUAUUGUAACCGAGUGCUAUGGUUGUCUUAUGAGAACACAUCUAGGGAAUGUUAAUUUGUAAUGUACCAGAGCAAUAAAAGUACAAUCAAUGUAGGAGAGGGCUACUUCAGGGGUCACGGGAGGUAUUUACUUAUGUACACGGAAAAAUCAUAUCUUUCGUCUUAAGCGAUUAAUAAUAUAGCUAUCUCCUCAUGAAUAAAGAAGUGAUUCUGAAUUAUCUGUCAAAAAGACACCGAUUAUAUAAAAAAAGUUAUAAUCGCUAGAAGCGCCAUCUACAAAAGUUACUUUAUUUCGCUCGGACAAGUUCUCUUACCGAGUCGAAUAUUUUUGCGGCGUAGUUUGGACGAGAAGAAUAUAUUUGUAUAUUUGUUACUACGCCUGCAUUUUCUAAUAGGGAGCAGUUUUCCCAUAACACAACCAAAGCAUUCCGUAUUUCGGGGACUAAGGACUAUCGAGGAAGCAGCGAAGAGUAAAAUAAUCGCGUACUUUAAUUCCAGUGAAUAGAAAAUAGACUGUAUUUAGAACAUGUUAAGGUACAAAUUUAUAGUAGGUCAGGCCAGUGCAGUGUGUUUUUGAAUCGGACUUUUAAUCUAAAAUAACAUUUUGACGAUCACACAGAACAUCCCAAAGCCUUGUAAAUGGUGUAAGAUUUUUUUAUUCACUUACGGCAAAUGAUUACUUUAUUAAGUAUGUAAUUGUUAUAAAUUAUAUUUAUCAUGACAUUAUAAGCAAAUUGAAAUACAACAUGUUUAAAAUGACA